AUGCACUCCAACUCGACCCCUACCAACGACGAGAUCCUGACGGUGUCAAACUCGCGCCCGGCCUCGCCCGCGCCAACCGCCAGCCAGGAUGUUCUGCAGCAGCAGGACUUCCCUCCUCUUCGCCCUGAAAUCGACGACCGCCAGUCGGUCGUCCAGAACCCGUGGGGAACGCCGAGCGUGACCUCGCCGGAUAGACCUUCCUAUGCUGAGGUUGCCGCGAGGCCGGCCACCCCGCACGCGACGCAAGCAACGGACGUCGACGCGCCGCACAGCGCCGGUGAGCAGACGCCCCGCGCCUCCUCGCCGCUGUGGGGAGUGCCCCCCACAUAG